AUGGACCUACUCUCACGUGUUCCACACGAACAACAACGAAAUAUUCCGAAUGGAAAUAUUGAUUUAGAUGACGAAAAGGAGAAUAUAGCUAACUUACCAGGUGAGUUAGGGAGGGGCGUUGACAUUGAUGUCAAGACACUGACAUCAGAGGAAAAGAAAAAGUAUAAAAGAGGAUGGAAAAACAACGCCUUUAACGAGUAUGUCAGUGAUAUGAUCUCGUUAGACAGAUCAAUAGAGGAUAAUCGAGAUCCCGAGUGUAAAACAAUGGUAUAUAGCAACAAUCUGCCAGACGCCAGUGUCAUUAUUACAUUUCACAACGAGGCUUGGUCCGUGUUGCUAAGGAGUGUACAUAGUAUUAUAAACCGAACCCCUCCGGAAUUAUUAAAGGAGAUCAUCCUUGUGGAUGAUUUCUCCGAUAUGCCACAUUUGCAUGCUCCACUAGAGGAGUAUAUGAGUCGAUAUGGAAAGGUGAAGAUAUUGAGAGCUAGCAAUAGAGAGGGGCUUAUCAGAUCAAGACUUCUCGGAUAUAAUAGCGCCUCUGGAACUGUGCUGGUGUUUCUUGAUUCCCACAUAGAAUGCGCGGACGGCUGGAUUGAGCCACUUCUAGACCCCAUCGCUCGUGACAAGACAAUCUCAGUUACACCAAUAAUCGAUGUUAUCGAUGAUAUAACAUUUCGCUACGAAAUUGGCAAAGCAAGACAUGUACAAGUGGGUGGUUUCGAUUGGUCGUUGACGUUUACUUGGCACGUUAUACCAGCGUCUGAGAGAGCACGUCGCAGUUUCAAAGACUAUCUACCUGCCAGGUCUCCCACCAUGGCAGGAGGGUUGUUCGCUAUCAGUCGGGAAUACUUCACACACCUAGGCACUUACGACGAGGGAAUGAAUAUUUGGGGAGCAGAAAAUCUUGAAAUUUCAUUUCGGAUUUGGAUGUGUGGAGGCACACUUCUGACCGCCCCUUGUUCACAUGUUGGUCACAUUUUCCGGAAACAUUCUCCGUAUUCAUGGCCAGGAAAGAACAUUCUGUUGCGCAAUAACCUUCGUUUGGCUGAGGUAUGGCUCGAUGAUUUCAAAACUUACUACUACAGUCGGAAAUCUCAACAACAGAUAACUGAAACAGACUUUGGAGAUAUAUCAGCGAGAAUAGCUUUACGUAAACGUCUUAAAUGCAAAAGUUUUGCAUGGUAUCUAAAAAACGUGUUCCCCGAAAUAUACAUUCCAGGGAAUUCUUUUGCAUCCGGAGAGAUAAGGAACAAAGCGAAGCCUGUUUGUUUGGAUGGAAGGGACACACCUGAUAUCAAUAAUGUUAUCAAAUCUUAUCCUUGUCAUCAGCUCGGCGGAAAUCAGUUCUGGAUUUAUAUGAAGGACCAUUCUUUCAGACGAGAUAGACUAUGUUUUGAUUAUUUUACAUCUACGAAAGCUAUACAACUUAUAUCAUGUCACGGAAUGCACGGAAACCAGGAAUGGGAGUAUAGAGAUGACAACACCAUAUACCAUGUGAAUACCCAGAAGUGUAUAACGCUGGCCUUUGAUGGUCAAUCUGUAUUCAUGGAGGAGUGUAGAGGUACCGACAGUCAGCUAUGGUUGAUGGACAGGAAACCAAUAAAAGGCCCGAUAAUUUAACUUGGCCUUUUGUGAUAUUGACUUACGUUAUAUGUGUCGGUAAGACUAACAGAACUAUACUAAUGUCAGUUAGAAAAUUACAAUCAAAAUUAUAAUUUGACAUAAUUAAAUGAUACAUUUUUUUUUCGAAAACAAAACUU